UUUGAUUCAUCCAGAUUCCUCAAACACUGCUCUUUCAACAAGACUUGUAUCUGUUCAAGAGGAUGCUGGGAAAUCUCCUGCGCGAAAUAGAUCAGCCAGCAUUACUAACCUGUCACUGGAUCGAUCUGGUUCUCCUAUGGUACCUUCAUAUGAGACAUCUGUCAGUCCCCAGGCUAACCGAACAUAUGUUAGGACAGAGACCACUGAAGAUGAACGCAAAAUUCUUCUGGAUAGUGUUCAGUUAAAGGACCUGUGGAAAAAAAUCUGCCAUCACAGUAGUGGAAUGGAGUUUCAGGAUCACCGCUACUGGCUGAGAACCCAUCCAAACUGCAUUGUAGGAAAGGAAUUAGUCAACUGGCUAAUCCGAAAUGGACACAUUGCUACAAGGGCGCAAGCUAUAGCAAUUGGACAAGCAAUGGUUGAUGGACGUUGGCUGGAUUGUGUUAGUCAUCAUGACCAGCUUUUCAGAGAUGAGUAUGCCCUGUACAGACCACUGCAGAGUACAGAAUUUUCUGAGACACCAUCUCCAGACAGUGACUCUGUGAACUCUGUGGAAGGACACUCUGAGCCAUCCUGGUUUAAAGACAUAAAGUUUGAUGACAGUGACACAGAACAGAUAGCUGAAGAAGGUGACGAUAAUUUGGCUAAUUCUGCCAGUCCUAGCAAGCGCACAUCAGUCAGCAGUUUCCAGUCCACAGUGGACAGUGACUCAGCCGCUUCCAUCAGCCUGAACGUGGAGCUGGACAACGUGAACUUCCAUAUCAAGAAGCCCUCCAAGUACCCACAUGUGCCCCCUCACCCUGCUGACCAAAAAGAGUGUUUGAUUUCUGACACUGGAGGACAACAGCUCUCUAUAAGUGAUGCCUUCAUCAAAGAAUCCUUAUUUAAUCGUCGGGUAGAGGAAAAAUCCAAAGAGCUUCCUUUCACACCUUUGGGAUGGCAUCAUAACAACCUGGAGCUCCUAAGGGAGGAGAAUGGGGAGAAGCAAGCCAUGGAGAGAUUGCUUUCAGCUAAUCAUAAUCACAUGAUGGCACUGCUCCAGCAGUUGCUCCAUAAUGACUCAUUGUCACCAUCUUGGAGGGACAUCAUUGUGUCACUGGUCUGCCAGGUUGUUCAGACUGUCCGACCUGAUGUGAAGAAUCAGGAUGAUGACAUGGAUAUCCGUCAAUUUGUCCACAUCAAAAAAAUCCCAGGUGGAAAGAAGUUUGAUUCUGUGGUUGUGAAUGGCUUUGUUUGUACCAAGAACAUUGCACAUAAAAAGAUGAAUUCUUGUAUUAAAAAUCCUAAAAUUCUUCUGUUGAAGUGUUCCAUUGAGUAUCUCUACAGAGAAGAAACUAAGUUUACUUGCAUUGAUCCUAUUGUGCUUCAGGAAAGGGAAUUCUUGAAGAAUUAUGUUCAGCGAAUAGUUGAUGUUCGACCCACGUUGGUUCUAGUUGAGAAAACAGUAUCUCGGAUUGCCCAGGACAUGUUACUGGAACAUGGCAUUACUUUGGUCAUUAAUGUGAAAUCACAAGUUUUAGAACGAAUCAGUCGGAUGACCCAAGGUGAUUUAGUAAUGUCAAUGGACCAGCUGCUUACGAAACCACACCUGGGCACUUGUCACAAAUUUUAUAUGCAGAUAUUUCAGUUGCCUAAUGAGCAAACCAAAACACUGAUGUUUUUUGAAGGCUGUCCACAGCACCUAGGCUGUACAAUCAAGCUUAGAGGAGGCUCUGAUUAUGAACUGGCUCGAGUUAAGGAGAUCCUAGUAUUUAUGAUCUGUGUAGCUUAUCAUUCUCAACUAGAGAUCUCCUUCCUCAUGGAUGAAUUUGCUAUGCCUCCCACAUUAAUGCAAAACCCUUCAUUCCAUUCUCUGAUUGAGGGACGGGGGCCUGAGGGGGCUGCACAAGAGCAGUACAGUGGAAGUUCCUUUUUCUGGGAACCUGACUUCCCUCCUGAGUCUUUGCCCUCUGAUGACAGCAAUGGGCUGGAAUCAAGGACUCUGUUUGAGAAGGGUGAGCAAGAAAAUAAAAGUCUUCCACAGGCUCUUGCCUCUUUGAAGCAUCAAGAGUAUGCCAUAACAGCUUGCUCGGCAGGUAUCCCCCGUUCUUUCUUUCCAUCUGUACCAGAAUCAUUGUUGCCGCUCCAUGUGGAUGACCAGCAGGAUGAUGUAGGCAACGAGCAGUCAGAGACGUUGCAGCAACUAGAUGAACUACAGGAUCCCAAAAGCCAGAUGAGAGCCUUUAGAGACCCUCUACAGGAUGACACUGGAUUGUAUGUUACUGAGGAAGUCACCUCUUCUGAAGAUAAACGAAACACUUAUUCUUUGGCCUUUAAACAGGAAUUAAAAGAUGUGAUCCUCUGUAUCUCCCCAGUAAUCACAUUCCGGGAACCUUUCCUUUUAACUGAAAAGGGGAUGAGGUGCUCUACCCGAGAUUAUUUUGCAGAGCAGGUUUACUGGUCUCCUCUCCUUAAUAAAGAGUUCAAAGAAAUGGAGAACAGGAGGAAGAAACAGCUGCUCAGGGAUCUCUCUGGACUUCAGGGCAUGAAUGGAAGUAUUCAGGCCAAGUCUAUUCAAGUCUUGCCCUCGCAUGAACUAGUUAGCGCUAGAAUUGCUGAGCAUCUGGGUGAUAGCCAGAGCUUGGGUAGAAUGCUGGCUGAUUACCGAGCCAGAGGAGGAAGAAUUCAGAAAAAUCUAGACCCUUUUGCUCAUUCAAAGGAUGCAUCGGGUACUUCAAGUGGCAAAUCAGUAAACAAAACUGAGGGUGAUGAAGACAGAGGGCUGAUUCCAAGUGAUGCAAUAUGGUCAACAAAGGUGGACUGUCUGAAUCCUGUUAACCACCAGAGACUCUGUGUGCUCUUCAGCAGCUCUUCUGCUCAGUCCAGCAAUGCUCCCAGUGCCUGUGUCAGUCCUUGGAUUGUAACAAUGGAAUUUUAUGGAAAGAAUGAUCUUACAUUAGGAAUAUUUUUAGAGAGAUACUGUUUCAGGCCUUCUUAUCAGUGUCCUAGCAUGUUCUGUGAUACCCCCAUGGUGCAUCACAUUCGGCGCUUUGUUCAUGGCCAAGGCUGUGUGCAGAUAAUCCUGAAGGAGUUGGAUUCUCCAGUACCUGGAUAUCAACACACAAUUCUCACAUAUUCCUGGUGCAGAAUCUGCAAACAGGUAACACCAGUUGUUGCUCUUUCCAAUGAGUCCUGGUCUAUGUCAUUUGCAAAAUACCUUGAACUCAGGUUUUAUGGGCACCAGUACACUCGUAGAGCCAAUGCUGAGCCAUGUGGUCACUCUAUCCACCAUGAUUAUCACCAGUAUUUCUCCUAUAACCAGAUGGUGGCAUCUUUCAGUUAUUCUCCCAUUCGGCUUCUUGAAGUAUGUGUUCCACUCCCCAAAAUAUUCAUUAAACGUCAGGCCCCAUUAAAAGUGUCCCUUCUUCAGGAUCUGAAGGACUUCUUUCAAAAAGUUUCUCAGGUAUAUCUUGCUGUUGAUGAAAGACUUACAUCUUUGAAAACUGAUACGUUUAGCAAAACAAGAGAGGAAAAAAUGGAAGAUAUCUUUGCACAAAAAGAGAUGGAAGAAGGCGAGUUUAAGAACUGGAUUGAGAAGAUGCAGGCAAGGCUCAUGUCUUCCUCUGUAGAUACCCCUCAGCAACUGCAGUCAGUCUUUGAGUCACUCAUUGCCAAGAAGCAAAGUCUCUGUGAAGUGCUACAAGCUUGGAAUAACAGGUUACAGGACCUUUUCCAGCAGGAAAAGGGUAGAAAGCGACCUUCAGUUCCUCCAAGUCCUGGAAGACUGAGACAAGGGGAAGAAAGCAAGAUAAGUGCAAUGGAUGCGUCUCCACGGAAUAUUUCUCCAGGACUUCAAAAUGGAGAAAAAGAGGAUCGCUUCUUAACAGCCCUGUCCAGCCAGAGCUCUACCAGUUCUGGCCAUCUCCAGUUGCCUACUCCACCUGAAGUCAUGUCUGAGCAGUCAGUGGGAGGGCCCCCUGAGCAAGAUACAGCCAGCAGUUCUGAAGAUGUGUUUGAUGGACACUUGCUGGGAUCCACAGAUAGCCAGGUGAAGGAAAAGUCAACCAUGAAAGCCAUCUUUGCAAAUUUGCUUCCAGGAAAUAGCUAUAAUCCUAUUCCUUUUCCUUUUGAUCCAGAUAAACACUACCUCAUGUAUGAACAUGAACGGGUGCCCAUUGCAGUGUGUGAGAAGGAACCCAGCUCCAUUAUUGCUUUUGCUCUCAGUUGUAAAGAAUACCGAAACGCCUUAGAGGAACUAUCUAAAGCAACUCCGUGGAACAGUGCCGAAGAAGGGCUUCCGGCAAAUAGUACUUUAGACAGCAGACCAACAAGUAGCAGCCCUAUGAGAUUACCUGAAAUCAGUGGAGGACAGGCAAACCGUACAGCAGAAGCAGAAACACAACCAACCAAAAAGGCUUCUGGAAUGUUGUCCUUCUUCAGAGGGACAGCAGGGAAAAGCCCUGAUCUCUCUUCCCAGAAGAGAGAGACUUUACGUGGAGCAGAUAGUGCUUACUACCAGGUUGGGCAGACGGGCAAGGAGGGGACGGAGAAUCAAGGCAUUGAGCCUCAAGAUGAUGUAGACUGAGGAGAUACACAAAAGAAACAACUCACAAAUCCUCAUGUGGAACUUCAAUUUUCAGAUGCUAAUGCCAAGUUUUAUUGUCGGCUAUACUAUGCGGGAGAGUUUCAUAAGAUGCGUGAAGUGAUUCUGGGUAGCAGUGAGGAAGAUUUCAUUCGUUCCCUUUCCCACUCCUCACCCUGGCAGGCCCGAGGAGGCAAAUCAGGAGCUGCUUUCUAUGCAACUGAAGAUGAUAGAUUCAUUUUAAAGCAAAUGCCACGUCUGGAAGUUCAGUCUUUCCUUGACUUUGCACCACACUACUUCAAUUAUAUUACAAAUGCUGUUCAACAAAAGAGGCCCACUGCAUUGGCCAAAAUUCUUGGAGUUUACAGAAUUGGUUAUAAGAACUCUCAGAACAACACUGAGAAGAAGUUAGAUCUCCUUGUUAUGGAAAAUCUUUUUUACGGAAGAAAGAUGGCACAGGUUUUUGAUUUGAAGGGUUCACUCAGUAAAAUGCCAACUGUGGUCUCUCCGGAGUUGUACAGGACUAGGUUUUGUGAAGCAAUGGACAAGUAUUUCCUGAUGGUACCAGACCACUGGACAGGCUUGGGUCUGAAUUGCUGAAAAUAAGCACAUAUUUUGAAAUGGACAAUGAAGGAAAGGGACAGGAACAAAGGACCGAAAAUAAGCUACAUGUUUUAUUUCUUCGUCAUAUUCACCAGUGUAUGCAAAGGCCUUUCAGUUCUGCACUUCUUUAGGCUGGCCAUAAUUGAAGGGUGAAAACUGCAAAGAUUUGCACUUUGUUUUUUGAUACCUGUGAAUUUAGCUGUCUGUAGAUUGGGAAGUUGCAUGAACAUUUUCUCAUUUAAGCCAAAAUACAGACACAUUUCAAAGGGCUAAGGUUAGAAAUAAGUAGAUAGGGUGAAAAAUAGGUUUUCUUAUUUGAUAGUUUGUUUCAAGAAGAAAACAGUAUCUCAUAGUUGUGACUCUCCUGGUGUCACAUUUGUCACAUUCUUUACUUAGAAAGCAUUUGUACAGCUGCUGAAUUUGUUUUGUGUUUCUUAUGUAGUAGUUUAAUGCUACCUAUUAUCAGAAUUUCUGAAACCUUUAGAAAAAUUCUGAUUUAUUCCAUUAAUGGCCAGUUGAACAGGUUGGCACUUUUUUUAUUGAGGAAUUUGACUUAAACUGGAAAUCCUGUCAUGUUCUUUAUCUACCCAGCUUGCCUUACUUUGGAGUGUUUUUGAUGUUUUUAAAAUUUUGUCUUCUCUGUGGGUGACAGAACAUUAACUUUGUCAUUCUUGGAGCUAUUUUUUAAGCUUGUUUAAAUUUUUUGUGUAAUUAAUAUGUUAAACUGCAAUGCUUAUAUUCUAGGGUUUCCCCCCCAUUCAGAGAAACAUAAUAAUCACUAGUAAAUGAGUCUGCAAUCACUAAAAUGCCUAAAAGAAGAAUUAUUAACAAAGGAUUGUUUUAUAUGUAAAAAAUAAGUCAGACCCAAUUCAAGAAAUUGGGUGAGAAGGAAGCAUUUGGCUGUUCGUUUAUAGUGGUAAAGUGUGUUUUUCAGUAUAACCCGCAGUUUAGGUAGCAUUUAUAAAAUUAAAGUUUCCAAUGUGGACAUCUCCAUUUUCUAACUUUCUACACUGACCAGUUCUGACUACUGAGAAAUGUUAAGGGAUAAUGUUAUUCUUAGUAAGGAGUCUCUUGUUUAAUAGACAGCAUUUUUAUUUGUUUUAAAAAGUGAUCAGAAUUACUAAUCUGUAUUUUGAGGAAAUACUGUAACCCUAGAAUAUUUCCUCUUGGCUCCUUUCUGUAAUGAGGAUAAUUUUGGAAUUUAUAAAGUUUUAAGGACUCCAUUAUUUUCAGACUUCCUAUAAUAGCAGAUUAAUUGUCACACAAUAAGAAUAAGAAAUCUGGAUACGUUCAGUCACACAGAAUAUAAUUACAUGAAACAGGAACAUUUUGGAAAGUUUGCUUUAGACAAUGAAGGUAGUAGUUUCAUAUUUGAUGCUCAUUAAAAACAUGGUAUGUUUUCAAAUGGAAGCAAAAAAAUUGACCAAGGACUUAAUGACUGAUCUGAUUAUAAGCCUCACCCCAUUCCCACUCCAUUUUUAAAACAUGUGUAUGUGCCUUUUGAUAUAAAACACUGAUGAUUUCAGUUUUGCUAUCAAAGACUAGUUAAAGGAGUUGUAUACACAUGAAAAAUAUGUGGAACAUUAUUAACUUUUUGUGUGUCCCAAAACAACAGAUUUUGUGUUUAAUUUGAAAUUCUGACACUGUUUUGUCUCUCUGUUCAUUUUUUCUGUCAAGAUACUUUGCAUUAUUUAUCCUGUCCAUUUCUUGAGACUCCCCUGUCAUGAAUACUUGAAGGACAAGGUGUCUCCCCCUAGCUGUAUCAGGUUUCUUUGUUUUUAGUUUCAAUACCAUGUGCCUAGCUGGAAUGCCCCAUGGGUAUAGCUCCUGAUAAUAACGUGUCAUGUUGAUUUUAUUUUUCUUGCCCAUGACUUGAAAAACUUUUUAAAGUACUGCUGCCUCUUAGGUGAUUCUAUGGUUAAGAAAAAUUCCAAUAUGAUACAUUCUGAAGCAAUAGUUGCUGUCUUGCAAGGGUAAUGUGUCCUUUUAAAAUUAAUGUCUGGAUUAUCUUAAUGAAGGGGAAAUAUAAAAUUUAACUAUUUGUUUUUGUGGUAGAGCUAUAUGCCUCGCCCCUUGCUGCUCUUGUUUAGGCCACUACUAUAUAUGUAAGGUGUUUCAAAUAUUGUUCUACUCAAUAUUAAGCAUUGAAUGACUAUUGUUCUAUCUUGAAUUCCUUUUCAAGGCAUAGAGAAUAUAAUGCUGAGAAGUUAGGAAUGAGGAAGAAAUCUUAGUAUUUCCUUCCUUAGAAUAUAGUAUGAAUCCUGAGGAUAAUUGACAGUCACACAAGAAAACUAUGUCCACAUGUUGUUUUGUAUAAAAAUCUUAUUUAUAAAUGUGAAACUUUUUGAUGCUAUCAAAACUUAUCCAAAAAAUAGAAAGGAUUUA